AUGACCGAACACCACCCUGUUCCUGGACAAUCUCAAAACGAUGCCUUACCAUCGGAGGCGUACUGGAGUAUCCAAGCCUGCAAAAUGUCCAACGGGUCUUGCUGUUCCCUUUGUAGCCAAUACCAGAACCUCCAUGAGCAGGUUACAUUGCCUCGGAAACGUCAACUGCGCACUGAGAUCAACCGUCAUCACGACCCCAUAUCCCGAUUUCUUCCUUACGAAUUGAUAAGCAAGAUUUUCAAGUUCUACGUCGAGGAUGACUUUCGAGACCUAGAGGAGCAGAAAGAUUGGAGAAAUUUCCGCAUUACCAACUCCCCGCUAAUCAUUGCAUCCAUAUGCUCAACUUGGCGCAGCGUUGCAAUGUCCUCCCCGCAGCUAUGGACACACAUCCAAAUGAUACUGCAGGAGUUCUGCCGCCCCCUGGAUAAACUAGAUGUUCUAAACAGGUGGAUAUCGUCGGCUGGAAACCAGACCGUGUCGCUAUUUGUGGUAUGUGAAGCGCCUAAACACAUUCCAGACCGUCGGCGGACGCAAUACAAACGCGUUAUUGCUGGACUGAACGCCAUUUCACAUCGCUGGCGAAUCCUGCGUCUGUCCUGUUCUCAUGCCGCACUUUAUCAAAUGUUUUCUGGAAAUGUGCAGGGUAUGCCGAAUCUUUGUGGUUUAUCCAUCGAGAACUCUAUCGAGCCGGACUACGAUGAUCGCGUUGUAUUCCGGACAGAUAAUGGACACAAGCCGCGUCCCUGUGAGGUUCGCCUGAUAAGGGUUCCACUUAUCUGCCUCGAUAUAAUCUGGAACCAAGUCACCAGAAUUAAUAUAUCACAAUCUGAGUUAUCACUCAACGAAUGGCGCGAGCUAAUGCGUCAGGCCUCGCAAUUGUUGGAGUGUGAAUUGACUGACAUUUUUUUUGCUCCGGUUCUAUUGAACUUGGACAUGACCAUGCCCAAGCACCCAAAAGUUGGCAAUCAUACGCUCAGAAAAGUCAAAAUCGGACAGUGUUCUGGAGACCUAGAAUAUUUUUUCACAAAGUUCUCUGCCCCCAAUCUCACACAGCUCCUGCUUGAAAAAGCAGGCUCCGUCAAAAACUGGAACUCGAUUCGGACUGUUGUCGAGGCUUCUGGUCCUCAGCUAACGACACUCGGAAUUAUCAUUCAUGCAGACGGAUGGGAUUACGUUUCACUGCUCUCGUUAUUGUCUAACACGCCGGUCCUCGAAGAUUUACGGAUUAAUGCUCAAAUACGAUAUGAUCCAGUCCAGCUUUUCCACAUAAUAGCCAAGUCUUCGACGCUCGACGUGGACAUCCGUCGACCACAAAUCCUUCCUGUGCUACGAUCCUUUAGGUAUCAAGGCUAUAAAACAUGGGACGGUUCAUUCUGGGAGUUUCUUCCCUAUUUUAUCAACAGAUCAGAUCCUGAGAACCCUUGUUCAAAAUCUUGCCCUCUUGACAGUCUAGAGCUCACAACCUGGGAUGACGACUACAGGAGCAAGAAAGAAAACGUCCUAGCAUCAAUAUGUCCUAGCAGGGAAGUCGUUCAUCGUAUUUCGUUACUGUCGUCUUCAGGGACAACGAUUCGUCUUAUCCACAAUGAUAUUCACAUAUUGGCUGCCUCAAUACGACAUCACUGUCCUGUUAUGGCCUAG